GUCACAGGGAAUGGGCUUCACGUUGCGCUCUCCUCCACUCCUAAGCUGUCCUGUCCAGAUUCUAGAUUCCAGCAAUAAGCUCUAGGAACGGCUGCUAUUGCAGCCAUAUUCAGGGUUGAGAUAGGAGCUCAGGUUGCCGUUCAGACGCGGUGAUUCCGCGUAGUAUCCCACGCUUUUCUGGUCAAGGGUGCUGGGUUGCUGCUAAACCCAUCUGGCCACCAUGGCUUCAGUGAUCUUCACCAUCCCGAUUGCCGUCAACUUCCUCGCAUCGAGUCUCAUAGUGUCCACCAUUCAGAUCGCCCUCUCCAUUCUCGUGUUCCCGAUCAGCCCUCGCACGUACCGCGUCAUCAAUGCGUAUCUCAUGGGCUCCUUCUGGGGCAUGUUCAUCUGGCUCAUCGAGUGGUGGGGCCGCGUCGAGGUCCGGCUGUACGGCGAUCCCAAGGAGCACGCAUACUUUGGCACGGAGAGCGCCUUGUGUGUGAGCAACCACCGCAGCGACGUCGACUGGGCCAUUGGCUGGCUUCUCUCCCAGAGGUGCGGCUGCCUCGGGGGCACGAGAGCGCUUAUCAAGGAGCAGGCCAGGUGGAUGCCCGUGAUUGGCUGGUCCAUGUGGUUCUCGGAGUACCUCUUCCUUGCGCGCAACUACGCCACCGACCAGACGAGAAUACUCGACGGCUAUGCUCGGCUGCGCAGCUUCCCGCUGUACUUCUGGGUGGCGCUGUUUAUGGAGGGCACGCGGUUCACUCCCGAGAAGCUCAAGGCAGCGCAAGAAUACGCCAAGGAGGCCGGCCUGCCCAUCCCCCGCCACGUGCUCGUGCCCCGAACCAAGGGGCUUGUGAUGUCAGUGGAACAGACGAGGGGGCAUGCUGGAGCGAUCUAUGACUUCACUGUCAACUAUCCCGUGGGGAAGACGCCCCCAACGUUCGCCAACAUUCUCAAGAGAAAGGCCUCUCAGAUUGACCUGUACUUUGAGCGGGUGCCAAUAGACCAGAUUCCCAAGGAUGCAGAGGGCAUCAGCAAAUGGUGCCAAGAAUCGUUUGUGAAGAAGGACAAGAACCUGGACGAGUACGUUGCAAACAACUGCUUUGAUGAGAAGAAAAGACUCAACACGACCAAGUCUCCAAAAACCAUCUUGCACACAUGCUUCUGGACGGCUUUAAACUUUGUGGUAUAUGGUUGGCUCUUCACUCGCAAUGUAUCUGCAAUCACCUUUACAUGGGCGACUGUGGGAUGGAUUGCUGUCGGUGUGGUUGCCGUGCUCGUCGUCGUCCAAGUGCUUCUCAGGUUCACCCAAUCAGAGCACUCCACACCAGCAUCUCGCCUUAACCGUAAAUCAGCUUCCAAGGCAACCAAGGCUGAGUGAAGUAAAAUAUUAAGGCGGCCAGAAAUAGGGGUUAGUUUCAAAAUGGUCCUUUGCGACACAUGGUAGACGACUUACUUAUUAUUUGAGCUAGGUUUAUAGCACCAUUUAUUGUAGUGUAGUUUCUAAGUUCUUGCGGACUAGAGAGUUGUGGCAGACUAGCGCAAUAAUGUCGAUUAUGGUGU